CUGGGGCACUACCUGUAGAGUCAAAGGUCACAUGGCCAGCUCCUUUGUGAGCUUAUCAGGCUCAAGACUUUGAGACUCACUGUCUCCUUCUAUAAAACAGAAAUAUUAUCCACACCACCCCCUAGGUAUACACACAGGGUUAGCCUAGGGAUAUAUGAGAAUAGCCUCUGUAAACCAGGGACCCCUGUGCAGAAGUCAGGACUUUAUGACUAAAUAGGACUUGCUCCAGGGAAUGGCAGAUUAGGGGGCAUGGCCAACACUGACCCUCCGCUGCCCUGGGCAGGAGCUGGGUGCUCACUGCUGUGUGAACAAGCUGGGGCAGCUGAACACACUGGGGAGGAGGGGCCAAGCCUGGGGCCCCAAAGGCCAGGCAACAGUGAGGCCAUAGUCCAGGAUGGCACCCAGAAAGCUUCCAGUCCCUGAGCUAACCAUUAAACCACCAUGCCUCAUAACCUGUUAUUUCCUCUAAUGAGGCCCAGACGGCUAUAGCUCCCAGCCCUGGGAGAGAUGAGACAGCCUUCCCUCCUCCUCCCACACCCCAGGGCCACUCCCUGGGCCAGGUCCUACACUGUGGCUUUGUCUUCAUAAUGGUGCUCCCUCAAACCUAUUCAACCAGGUGUGUGUGUGCCAGCAAGACAGGAGCUAGGGAGGGACAGGGCCCUGGGCAGAGGUCUGAGCCUCGGCCCUCAAGGGGAGCAUAUCCCUUGGUAUCUGAUACCUACAGCAGAGCGCUGGAGGGAAGCCUGGGAUGGGGGGACUAGCUGACCUUGACUUAACUGGUUACUGCCCACGAGGCCCCGGUACACUAUGAGUCACAGGAGUAGAGGGCGCAAUACUUGAGGUCAGUUCAACCCUCGGGCUACCCUGGAGAAAGCAGGUCUUCCUUGCCUCUCCUCCUUGACUUGCCACUGGUACAGGCCCAGAGGUUUCUGGGCUUGGUGGGACUCAGGAAAGUGGCCAGUCAGUGGGCAGCCUGCUGGCAGUGGGGGUCAGGGAGCAUGGGUGGGGUCCACUUCAAAGAGAGGCUGAGUCCAGGAGCCCACUCAGUCCUUGUGGUGCCUUCCUGGCUAGUAGACAGAAGAGGUGGGCCAUUGCAAAGACCCAAGAGAGCAAGACAGGAAAAGAAGGGCCAGGCGCCCUCCUGUUCUCCAGGCCCCCCACCUGCUGUGAACCCUAAAGUAGCUGCACCCUUUCAACUGCCAUUUAAUCAGCCCCUCCUACCGGCCAGCCUCCAGACGGCUGGAAGUGGGGCAAGAGGGUACAACGCCUGGGUUCUGGCCUGGAGGUGCUCGAAUCCAGAGGAAGGGCGGCUCCUUAAGCAAAGGAUCCUAAGGCAGUGUGAGCAAUCCAAGAACCAGAGGAGGUGCGAGGUACCGGUGGAGCAGAGAAGGCAGCAGAUUCUCUCUAGGAGUGGCCGGGGAGUCGUCCCAGAAGAGACAGUACUUGCACUUGACCUUGAAGCAGGCUUUCUCCAGGCAGGAGGAAGUGCAUGACCCUGAGGUCAAUCAACCCCUGAACAGCCUCGAUGUCACCCCCCUGCGCAAAUCCCGCACCCCGCUGGAGACCUUCAAAAAAAUGAGGAUCCCGAUCAUCGCAGCAGUGCUGAGCCUGGCAACCAUCAUCGUGGUGGCCAUCCUCAUCAAGGUGAUUCUGGACAAUUACUUCUUCCUCUGUGGGCAGCCCCUCCUCUUCAUCCCGAGGGAGCAGGUGUGUGACGGCCACCAGGACUGUGCCUCGGGGGAGGAUGAGCAGUACUGCGUCAAGAAACUCCCCAACGGACCUCCAGUGGCAGUCCGCCUCUCCAGGGACCGAUCCACCCUGCAGGUGCUGGACCCCGCCACGAAGAACUGGGCCUCUGCUUGUUUUGACAACUUCACAGAAGCUUUGGCCAAGACCGCCUGUCGGCAGAUGGGCUAUGACAGCAAACCCACCUUCAAGGCUGUGGACGUUGGCCCAGCCCAAGAUCUGGACAUUGUCAAAAUCACAGAGAACCUGCAGGAGCUUCAGGUGCAACACUCAAGUGGCCCCUGUCUCUCAAGCUCCCUGGUUUCCCUGCAGUGCCUUGCCUGCGGACAGAGCGUGAAGGCCCCUCGGGUGGUGGGUGGGAAGGAGGCCUCUGUGGAUUCUUGGCCUUGGCAGGUCAGCAUCCAGUACAACAAACAACACAUCUGUGGAGGGAGCAUCCUAGACCCACACUGGAUCCUCACAGCUGCCCAUUGCUUCUGGAAGCAUCUCGAUGUGCCCAACUGGAAGGUGAGGGCUGGCUCAGACAGACUGGGCAGCUUCCCAUCCCUGCCUGUGGCCAAGAUCUUCAUCCUUGAGCCUAACGCCACGCACCCCAGAGAGCACGACAUUGCCCUCGUGAAGCUGCAGCUCCCGCUCACAUACUCUGGCACGAUCAGGCCCAUCUGCCUGCCCUUCUCUGAUGAGGAGCUCACUCCAGGCACCCCACUCUGGGUCAUCGGAUGGGGCUUUACAGAAGAGAACGGAGGGAAGAUGUCUGACAUACUGCAGCAGGGAUCCGUCCAGGUCAUCAACAGCACGCGGUGCAAUGCAGAGGAUGCGUACCAGGGGGAGGUCACCGAGACGAUGAUGUGUGCAGGCCUCCCGGAGGGCGGCGUGGACACCUGCCAGGGUGACAGUGGGGGCCCUCUGAUGUAUCACUCUGACCGGUGGCAAGUGGUGGGCAUCGUGAGCUGGGGCCAUGGCUGUGGGGGGCCUACUACCCCAGGAGUAUAUACCAAGGUCACAGCCUAUCUCAACUGGAUCUACAAUGUCCGGAAGUCUGAUCCAUGAUGCUCCUGCCCCCUGCAGUGCUGGAAACUGUUUCCCCCUGCCUUACCCACAUGGGAAUCCCCCAGAAGUCAGACACAGACCAAGAGCCCUCCUUGGGCACACCUCUCUGCCCACACUCUCAGCAUUUCUAGGUGCAGCAAAGGACCUGCAAUCCUGUAAGCCAUCCCGCAGCUCACAGGCACCCAGGAAGUCAUCAGCUCCAGUUCAGCUGCCCAUGAUGCUCUCAGCAUCCCAAGGAGGGAGAGAUACAAGCCAGCCUCCAAGGCUGAGGUCUCAGAAGGCAUUGCUAAGCCAAGAACUUUCUACUCUAUUGAAUGGAAACAGAUGCUCUUCUAAGAGCCCAGAUCACCAAGGGCUGGAGUGGAGGGAGGAAAGGGGCUGAGCCAGCCCUCUGCCUCCCCACCCAUCCCCAAGCCCACCUGAACAAAAAACCGUUUAUAAUGGAAAAUGUGCUGUCCAGCUCUUGGCUCAAGUACCAUUUCUUAUUGUUGUUUUUAUUGUGACCACUGUUUAUUAAACUGGUGUGUGAAGUCUUUGA